UAAUCAAGAAUAUUGUCCCAAACUAAACCUUUUUCCCUUCUCGGGGCCUGGAACAUUCCCUGUCUCUUCCCCACCACUCAGUGCUUCAUUUCCGGAAUUUCAAAUAGAGAUGGUAGAGUCUCUCAUCAUUGCCUUUGGGAAACCCAGAGGCCAGAAGCGCUGGCCAAGGUCAAGACCCACAGGAAGGAGGGGACACAGCUCCCCAUGGCGUGUCCUGGAGGCUGGUGCCCCACCAGUUCUGAGGGGCUCUAAAAACCAACUCGGAAGUAAGUUACCCCUCUUCUUAGCUCCCCAAAAGCCCUCAGUCAUCAAAAGUGGCUCAUGUAGGAGGCUGGAGUCACUUUGCUCUAUCCGUGCUGGUGUGGUCUGGAUUGCAUCCUGUGACAUCAGACGAGACCAGCCCAAAGCCAGAGGCUUCCCUCCAGUUUCCCAAAUGCCUCCCUUUCCGGCUGGUGGGGAGGUAACGCUGGCCCCUUGGGGGCCGCGCACCAUGGCUGUGAGCACAGCGGCGGAAGGUGGCGGCGCCUGGCCGGGUGGUGGCAGAACUCAGGCGCCCGUGAGAAGGAGGAAUGAGUCUGGCUGGGCUUCCCCGGGGCCGAGGUGGACCAGGGCUUUGAUUUGCAUUUCCUCCCAGAGUGUCCUUAUAUACUGCGGCUCAGGCUCUGUGACUAAUCACAACAUUUAAUGGUCUUCAACUGCUCACUAAGGGCCCAAUUCAAUUUAAAAAUGUCCUGCAGAAGCCAUGAAUAAUCCUCUCGUCUUUGCUGUUCGUCUUAUGGAGGCUUCCAUCAAGUGGAGGCCGAAUGGGUUUUUUUUCUUUUUCAAUUUUUUUUAUUUUUAUCGAUGUGGGCCUCGGACCCCUGCCGACGUGAGCGCUGGCCUUCCCUAGCUUCCAUCCGCUUCUCGGGGGUGCCGCGGGAGACCCCGCUGGGCUCUUACCCUCACCCUGGGACUGAUUUCUGCUUCUUUGCCAGUUUGACCGACUGUGGAGCGAGAUGCCAGUCAAUGCCAAGGGCAGGCUGAAGUACCUGGACUUCCUUAGCAUGUUCAGCUCCGAGAGAGCAGCAACACCGCCGACCGCUGGCAGUUCGGUCAAGGCCCAAAGAGGCAGCAGUGUUCCCGAAGUCCUGGACGGAAGCAGGUCUGCAGCAUCAUCACCCACUCACGACCUGAAGGCAGGGUUGAAACCUCCGAGCCACCCCUGUACCCCCGCUAGUGCCGGCUCGGCCCUGGGCCCCCUGCCCUUGCAGAACUGCGAGCCCAUAGAGAGCAAGCUCCGGAAGAAAAUCCAGGGCUGCUGGCGAGAGCUCCUGAAAGAAUGCAAAGAGAAGGAUGUGAACAAGCAGGGCGAGGUCACCACGGCUGAAUUCCUGGCUCUUGUGGAGAAGUUCAGUCUGGACAUAAGCAAAGAGGAAUGUCAGCAGCUUGUCGUGAAGUACGAUUUAAAGAACAACGGGAGGUUUGCUUACUGUGACUUCAUUCAGAGCUGUGUCCUCCUGCUGAAAGCGAAGGAAACCUCCCUGAUGCAGAGAAUGAAAAUUCAGAAUGUGCAUAAAAUGAAAGAAUCUGGUGCUGAGACUUCUUCCUUUUAUUCAGCUUUACUGCGUAUUCAGCCCAAAAUUGUGCACUGCUGGAGGCCGAUGCGGCGUACCUUCAAAGCCUACGAUGAGGGCGGGACGGGGCUUUUAAGCGUGGCUGAUUUCAGGAAGGUCCUGAGACAGUACAGCAUCAACCUCUCGGAGGAGGAGUUCUUCCACAUCCUGGAGUAUUAUGACAAGACGCUGUCUUCCAAAAUCUCCUACAACGACUUCCUUCGGGCCUUCCUGCAGUAGGUGACGGCCGUGGUGCAUCCGGCGCGGACCGACGGGGACCACAGGGCCUGUCCCUAAGACGAACGAAAUCACAGAACCGGGGUGGGGGGUGGGGGAGGGUCACAGCCGGCCCUGUGUCUUUCCCGGCGGUGAAGGCUCAGAGUUGCCCCACAGCUCCGACAACAGGUGCCUCUGCUGGCGGCUUCGGGGACCCUGAGCCACCAGACCCUUCACUCAGCUGGAGCAAAUAAAACUGUACGCCUUUGCAGGA